AUGAUUGUGUACCAAUCUUUAGUGUCUAGUGUAAUUAUUGCGGUCGGGUUGUUUGUGAGUGGUGAGUGGGAGUAUCUAGGGAGAGAGAUGGAUGGCUGUGAGCCUGGGAAGCUGAGCUAUGUGAUGAAUUUAGUUGGGACGGCAAUUGCUUGGCAAGUGUUCAUGAUGGGCGCAGUCUGCAGUCUGCGUGCUUCAACAAUCGGAUACUGCUUGGAGGCUAAUAACCGCAUCUUGGUGUAUCAGUUUGCCACUCAGGGCUCUUUACAUGAUAUAUUGCAUGGUAGGAAAGGAGUGCAAGGCGCUGAACCUGGUCCUGUGCUUAGUUGGAACCAGAGAGUGAAAAUUGCGUACGGUGCCGCUAGAGGCCUCGAGUACCUGCACGAGAAAGUUCAGCCUCCAAUUGUCCAUCGAGACGUCAGAUCUAGCAACGUGCUUCUGUUCGACGAUUUCCUGGCAAAGAUUGCGGAUUUCAACUUGUCGAAUCAGUCGUCUGACACCGCAGCGCGGCUGCAUUCAACUAGGGUCUUGGGAACUUUUGGCUACCAUGCUUCAGACCAAGGGUGCGUACGGUAA